AGCUGGCUGCUAGUACCAUUGGUCGUUCCCGUAUCGGAUUCUCGCGGCGAAGAGAGAAAGAAGCCAUACGCCACGGUAGGAUCGCGUAUUCGUUCUUCAGGAUGACCAUAACGAGCCCUGUCUUCUUGCCCGGCUUAGACGACAUCGAGUAUCAUGGCAUUGGUACGAGCUCGGAGGUCAACGUACCAGGCUUCUGCCGUGAUAGAUCAAGAUCCCCCAAUAGAUCUAGUAUCAGCCUGGAACCAAAUAUAGAGGAAGGGAAUGUGCUCCGGUAAUGUUUUCCCUUCCCAGCGCAAUGAGAGACGUGUUCUAAUCGAAGACAGCUCAGAGAUUGAGCUUCCAGAACAAGCGUUCCGUCGGUCAUCCGCUCCAUCUCCCGAGUCCAUCGUGGACGUCAACGGAAGCACCCCGAGGAGCCUCCCCUCGCAACAUGACGAGGCAGGUCGAGCAGCGCAUUCGAGGCCUGGAACUCCACCAACACCCGAGGCUUCAAGGUCCGAUAGCUUAGCGACAAAAACACCACCAACCGUCGGGCCUCUAGAAUCUUACUUAGCAUGUCCUCAAUCGCACGAGAGACGGGCGCUUUGGCUGCCUCCCGACGAUGACGAGGAUCGAGAGCGAGACACCAAGUCUUCGAGUUGUGGGUCAGUAGUUCUUGGUAAGAGGAGAGUGCCUGGAGUGUAUGAACAGGCCGAACGCAGCACAUCGCCGUUUGGGACCACCCAAGGCGCCGACGAUGCCAAAGCAGAACAGCCAUUGACGCAUUACCUGUCCUCGGUACACCCCCACGAAGUACUGGCGUAUCAGAUAUGGAAACUUGCUUCGAAAGACAAGGAACGAGAUCCAAGAUUGGAACUGGGUGUGCCCGGCCCAUCGGAGAAUGCGGUCCCGGCUUCGAAUCACUCCCUAUUUCUAGAGGCCAGCCGUAAGGAAGACGAUAUCCCAGCAGAAUCUGCAGUGCUGUCGCCCGCAGUAAUCAUACCUCAAGGUCCCAUCGAGGUGGGAUAUGAACGUCGCGGUUCGGAUUCAGCGAUAUCAGACUUGGAGACUGAAGAGCUGCAUCAGCUUGUGUGAGUCAAAUUUGCUCAUCAUCCCAUACACUUGCUGACGCUUAACAGGGCAGAAGGUCGUCGUGCGAGACAAGCAGGGAGGAAUAGAACAAUGCAGCCAGCAAGGGGCCCAAAAGGCAGAGUCAAGAAGUCAAAAACAAUGAGGUCUCGGAGAGAAUAGUGAGGUGAUUGGCGUGCCUUGCCGUACCCGAAAGCAACCUGCCGAGGUGAAGUGCCCGAUCUUCGAUGCACCCGGCAAUUGGCAGCGAGGACAGCAAA